AUGUCGAUUCCUGCAUCUUGCACUGUUCUUGUCGUGGGGGGCGGCCCAGGUGGCUCGUAUGCAGCCUCGGCCCUCGCUCGUGAAGGCGUCGACGUCGUGGUUCUCGAGGCCGACACCUUUCCCAGAUACCACAUUGGCGAGUCUCUCUUGGCUUCGGUCCGCUAUUUUCUGCGGUUUGUCGAGCUAGACAAGAAAUUCGACGGAUAUGGCUUCACUAGGAAGAACGGCGCUGCGUUCAAGUUGAACAACAAGCGAGAGGCGUACACCAAUUUCAUCGCCGCCAAUGGCCCCAACGGCUACUCGUGGAAUGUCAUACGCGCCGAGUCUGACAAGCUCAUGUUGGACUACGCCGGCGAGAGCGGGGCCCGCGUGUUCCAGGGCGUCAAGGUCGAUUCCAUCAUCUUCGACUCCGCCGCCGACUUUCCCCUGGACGACAAGGUCGGCAACCCGGGAAGGCCAGUAGCGGCGACCUGGGCCCGCAAGAGCGACGGCACGUCGGGCGCCAUCAAGUUUGACUACGUCGUCGACGCGAGCGGCCGCAACGGCAUCAUUUCCACCAAGCACCUCAAGAACCGCAAAUUCAACCAGGCCCUCAAGAACGUCGCCAAUUGGAGCUACUGGAAGGACGCCGAGACAUAUGCCCCCGGCACCGACAUGGAGGGCUCGCCGUUCUUCGAGGCUCUGACCGUAGACGCGAGUGGCUGGUGCUGGGCCAUCCCGCUGCACGACGGCACGCUGUCGGUGGGCGUCGUCAUGCGACAGGACCUGUCUCUGGCGCGCAAGCAGGCCCUGGGCUCGCCGUCCAUGGAAGAGUUCUACCGCGGCUGUCUCACGCUGUGCCCCAUGAUCCACGAGCGGCUUGCCGGGGCCGAGCUCGUGUCCAACAUCAAGGCGGCCUCGGACUGGUCGUACAGUGCCUCGUCGUACGCCGGGCCCAACUUCCGCAUCGUCGGCGACGCCGGCUGCUUCAUCGACCCGUACUUUAGCUCCGGCGUCCACCUCGCCGUGGCCAGCGCGCUGUCCGCCGCCAUGACCAUCCAGGCUGCCCGCCGGGGCGACUGCGGCGAGUUCGAGGCGGCCAAGUGGCACUCGGAGAAAGUUGCCGAGGGGUAUACCCGCUUCCUGCUGGUGGUGAUGACCACUCUGCGGCAGAUCCGCAAGGGCACCGAGCCCGUGCUGAGUGAUUUCGACGAGGACGGCUUCGACAAGGCCUUUGGGUUCUUUCAACCGGUCAUCCAAGGCCUGGCCGACGCCGACGUCGGCGGCAAGCUAACGCAGGGCCGCGUGUCGGACACGGUGGCCUUCUGCCUCAACGCGUACAACGACAUCACGCCCGAGGCGCGGCAGGCGGUGCUAGACAAGCUAGAGCGCGUGCGGGCGGCGGACCGGCAGGCCGAGACCAAGGAGGACCUCGAGCAGCUCGACCAGGACGAGCUGCGCAUCCUGCGCACCAUCCGCGCGCGCCAGAUGCUGCGCACCGAGGACUCGAUGAACAUGGACAACUUCUCCGCCGACGCCAUCAACGGCUUCGUGCCCCGCCUGGCGCGCGGCAGCCUCGGGCUCUCGAGGGCCGGCGGCCCCGGCGCCGCCCCCGGCGCCUACAAGGAGAGCCUCUUCGACCUCAAGUGGAGCGUUUCCGGCGACAAGGACGACUACAAGGUGCAAAAGGAGGCGGCCGAGGUGCCGGCCGAGGCCUAG